AUGUAUACUGAAGAUGAACAAGGUAUCUACUAUGCUGCUGAAAGUGGAUCGUCGGGCUCAGAGUCCUUGUCAGAUAGUUCUGAGGAGAGCCUGGAAAGCUUAGAAAAUGGUGGUACCAAUGCGCGCGAUGUAGAUGAAGGCGGUGGUAGUAUUGAGAACCAGAUUGAAGGUGACUUCGAUCGUCUCAUAGGGUUUAUACAGGAUACAGACGAUGUGGCAAGCUCGGCAACUAUAAGAAGGAUAUGGGAUGCGCCGAGUGGAAUGGACGUGGAAGAGGAUUUCCAAGCUGAUUUGCGUGCUGCGUCUGGGAUUGGUCGAGUCAGGAAGGGCAAAGGACGUGGAAAAGGUCGACGGUUAGGUCCUGCUCUUUCUCAUCAAGUCCGCGCUCUCGUUGGCGAAGGAAAUGCCGCUUAUGUUGAUGGGAACUUGCAAGAAACAAUUCGUAUCAUGACCGAAGUUAUAAGGAUUGAACCACGGGCUGCUUCUGCUUGGAGUGUCUUGGCAACAUGCUACCGCGAAUUACACGAGACUGAAAAAGCUCUCCAACUUUCGAUAAUUGGUGCGCAUCUACGACACGAUCCAGAAGAGUGGCAUCAGCUUGCGCGUCAGUCGCAGGAAUCUGGCCAAGCACAGCAAGCGCUUUAUUGUCUUGCAAAAGCCAUACGCCUCGAUCCGACUAACUACGACGCAAUCUGGGAUAGAGCGUCCCUUGCGAAGGAACUCGGCAACCUUCCUGUUGCGCGUAUCUCGUACCUCGCUAUUCUGAAGCGUUUUCCUCAUGAUACCUUCGUUCUAUCUGAGCUGCGACACAUCCUGAUUGAACUAGGUGAAUUGAAGCUAUGUGCUCAACUCUACCAAGAUGCUUUGGAUCACUUCACAACCAUUUACCCUGACGGUAAGGUACCAGAACCGGCGUCUAUUGCCAUUGAUCCAUCGCUCACUGCGAGUGGAGGUGCCUUUGUUGGCCAUUCGCAAGCCUCCUCUGAUGCGUUUACUUUGAUGGAAAUACUUGUUCUUGCGGACCUGUACAACACUUUGGAGUGGUACGAGAAAUCUAUUAAAGCAAUCCGUGCAGGGUGUCGUUGGUUACAAGGGCGUGCGAGGCAGAAAUACUGGGAUACAUGCUCUGAUGACAGAGAAUAUGACGUGGAAGGGUUUGUGCGAGAAGGUAGUGAAGACAACUUAGCAAUCAAGCAAGGCUUCCAUCCCCUUGAUAUCAACGCCAGGCAUCGUCUGGCAAUUGCCAGACUGAAAAUAGGUGACAUUGAAGAGGGACGGAUGCAUACAAGUAUUAUUUUGGAUGAGAGUAUUGUGGAUUUUGCGCCUCUGUUCGCGGAGAUUGCAGAGACAUACUAUGAACUCGCUAUGUAUUCUGAAGCGCGGCCGAUUUAUGAGAUGCUGGGGUCAGAUGCGACGACGAGCAGCGUACAUGUUCUUAUGCAGGCAGCAGAGUGCAGGCGGAAUUUAGGGGAUAUCAGCGAUGCUAUAGAAGUAUAUGAGCAUCUCAUCGCUACAGACCCAUUGAACGACCAAGCGAAAAUGAAGCUUGCAGAAAUAUAUGAAGAUAGUGGACAUCCGAGAAAAGCCCUCGAACUUGUUUAUCAAGUUAUCGAUUCCCGCAAGAAACGCUCUGGACCUCCCAAAGACGACAGCGUCCCACGUGAAGACACUGCUGGUCCUGCGACGUCUCUAUUUGUGGAGCGGAAGAAAGGGAAGGCUAAGCUGACAAGCUCUGUGAAGCCGCGAAGUACUCUGACGCGUGAACAAGUUCUUGAGAUCGAGCUCCAGAACGAGCAACAGGCAAAGACGUGGUAUGAGCGGGUGACGCAGUUAUGGGACGCUAUGCGUAGCGGGGAGGAGAGUGCGGAAUGCAAAUGGCUGGAAAACGCUGAGAAAUUGCUCGAAAUGUUUAGAGAAGCACGACAUCUUUUCGUCUCGAGAGCUUCCAGACCUUAUCGAAGGGUGGUGCGCUCAUCAAAAGAGGCACACCGACUCGGACGAGAGGAAGACGACGAACAGAAGAUGGCGUCUCGCCUUGAAUUAGAAAUAGAACGCGAGAAGGAUGACAAGGAAGCGAGGAAGGCACAGUCACGAAAGGCGGAAGCGACCCAGUUUCGCGGUAUUCAUUUUGAUGAGUGGCUUACUUUAGCUAUGGAGUACGCCUUCCUCUUGACCCGGAGGCAACAGAUCGACGCGGCAGAGGAUGUUCUCCGGCAUUUGAUGAUGUCGACGGCCUUUAAUGGACAAAAGUAUCAGGACACUCUUCGCUUGACUAUUGCAACAUGUGCUCUCCAUGCUCGGAGGUUCGCUACCGUCCUGCAAGUAUUCCGCAGGCUCAUGUUGACGUACCAGUUCAACAAUGAGAUUGUCCGGUUGUUCUUGGCGGCCCUUGCUAGUGGUCUAUCUCCGGCGGAUCAAAUUGUCAAUACUAGCUUUCAGAAGUUCGUCCUACGCGAGAUACGUAUUCAUGCCGCUGCAUUGGAAGGAAAUGCUCACUGGACUCCCACGACACAACGCUUCAUGAUUACAACUCCAGCCUCCGGAAAAAAGGACCCUGACGAGGUUGAAGAUGACGAUGGCGGAGAUGAACCCGAACGUUCAGUGAAAGAUAUCAGCGACGGAGGUUCGUCAAGACCGACGAAGAAUAAUCCUGUGAUGCCUACCUUGUAUGGGCAAAGUCUAAUUAUAGCGAAGAGUUACCAAUCGGCACUAUUUUAUCUCCUGCAUGCGUACGACUAUUUUCCGAAUGAUCCGUUAAUAUGCAUGACUCUGGCGGUGGCUUCUCUUGGGAGAGCUAUGCAGCGUCAGUCCGACAACCGGAACUUCCUAAUCACUCAGGCAAUGGGAUUUAUGGCGAAAUACAGAACGCUUCGGGGGCCAGCAGUUGAUGACCCUCGCGCAGACGAGAUUGAAUACAACUUCGGUCGGGCUUUUCAACAGAUUGGCUUGCUAUCGCACACUGUCAAGCAUUAUGAACGGGUCCUUGACAUUGUUGAAAAACGCCAGUUCUCGGAUUCAGACUUCAUCGGUGUCUCGAGGGAAGCGGCGUAUAACUUAUGCCUAAUUUAUGUUACGACGGGCGCGACAUCCCUCGCAAAAGCAAUUAGUCAACGCUGGCUAUCAAUCUGAUCCACUCUUCGGAAACGACACGGAAUGCCUCCCGUAGUACUUCUUAUUACACUCAUCUUUUGCGACCGCGUCUCAGUUGAUAAUUGUAGACUAACUGAACAUCAGUGUUGCUGUGCAACUUUCUAUUCUACAUC